UUGACAGCUGGCCGAACGCACACAGACACCUGCGAUCCGCCGUCGAACUGGGGCACACGAUGUGAAUUUGUUUUUUUUUUAAUACGGAACGAAACUAACGACAGACAUGGACUGGGUAAUUUCUGACGAACUUUCUCUGACCGUGGGCCACGUAGUCGGAUGGGUGAGUGCCGGCGCCAUGAUUUUGGGGGGUGUCAUCCCCUACAUACCCCAAUACAGACAGAUAAGCAAGACUAAAGACGCUGAAGGUUUCUCCCUGUUGGUGUGCCUGGCCCUCUUGAUCGCCAACACGUUGAGGAUCAUGUUUUGGUUUGGCAACCACUUUGAGUAUCCUCUUUUGAUCCAGAGUCUGAUCAUGAACUUUACCAUGUUUGUGAUGAUACAUUUGUGUGUUAGGGUCAGGCACAGGAACCAGUUGGUGCAAGCCAGACAAAGAAUCUUCACAGCUAAACCCCAAGAAGUAAAGCGACUACUAAAUUUAAAACCGCCACCCUCUUCUCACAAUAUUUGUGACUUCGAAGCGAAACAUUUCUGGAACUGGUCGGAUUUCCAGUCGUACAUCGACUGCAUGCUGGUGUUCACGAUAGUCGCGUCCCUGUUGAUGUACCUGUUCAUCGAGUACAAGGUCUUCGUCGAUAUCGUCGGCUUCAUCGCCAUGUUCACCGAGGCGAUGCUGGGCAUGCCGCAGUUCAUCAAGAACUUCAGGAGCAAGUCCACCGAAGGCAUGAGCCUGAGCAUGGUGAUAAUGUGGACGUGCGGUGACAUAUUUAAGACGUUGUACUUUUUCCUGCGCGAGGCGCCGAAACAGUUCUGGAUGUGCGGCCUGAUCCAGGUGACGGUCGACACGUUGAUACUGCUGCAGGUCUACAUCUACAAGAACAACACCGAGCCGCAACGAAUCCGUCCGCAUCGGGGGGAUUGAGUAGUUAUCAUCUGGACGCACGAGGAGAACGACCACAACAAGGCUAAGUGCAACGACGAAUUGGCCGUGAUCAACGAAACUAUCGAGGAGAAGCAGCCGUUCGGCGAUCGGCAGCUCCGCGACAGUGCCAGCUUCAACGGCGACGUGCGUCGUCCCGCCAUCCACGACGGUACGGACAGCGAGUCAGGCGGCAGCGAACGCAAGGCGGGCACCGUCGCCGAGGCCGUGGUCAGUGCGGACGUGCACAACGACGGUGGUACGGUGCCGAACGGCGACAGUGCGGCAGAUGUGGACGUUGUACAUAUUAACGGUGACUGUGCGAAGGACAAGAGGAACGUCAAGAACGUGUCGUACAAGAAGAGGGCCAAACGACGGGUCAAUAUGCUGAUCCACAGACACACCUUAUGACAUCCGAUGUCAGGCAGUGGCCACGUUCCGGCCCUAGGUGUCAUGCAUGUUUUGUUCGUGUUGCAGGAAAUUGUCCGGCGAUUUUGGAAGGGCGCCUGCGGUUAUAGGCGCCCUGCUGUCGCCCUAAUGGAACGGAGAUCCGUUCUGUUCCAUUCGAAUGUUCGUUGUCUGGGCUUUUACUUCAGGAAACUUGUUUUAUUUCAACAGCAAUUACAAAAUUGCUUCUAUGUAUUUUGUACAUAAGUUAUCAAUACUUUUGAAGUAAAAGCUUCAAUCAAAUCAAAGAUUUGAUCUUGCGUACUAACGGUUAAUGUUUAAAUGUUGUUUUACAUUGUUAUUCCUACAAAAAAAUUAAAUAAAUCACAACAUUGAAACCUUCCAAACUCAUACAAUCAAACCGUGCACUGAUCAUCAUUCUGAGGAAACUCGCAAUUAUCUAGUAUUCAAAUUUAAUGGCAAACAGUUACAGACUAUAUAGCAUUUUUAUUUAGUGGACCAAAAAUUCUGUUUUCGAUGGAUGUUUAGACCAGUUUUGCCUUAAAUAUUUUAGCCCAAAACACAGGGUGAUCUAGCAUUCCAAAGAGUAUUUUUCUGAAAUUUAGAUUACCCCCUUUAAUUUUUAAAGCGAUUACGCACAUAAACAGUUACAUCACUGCGUUGUUUUGAAAUUUUAAUUUUAGUGGUUAGUGUUAAGUAACUAUAAAUAUGAUUUCGAGGUUUAAUUUAUUAUUUCUUCGUACCUAAAUAUCUUCUGUGAUUAAUAAUUCCUCUAACUAGUCCUAGUUUAAAUAAUUUUUCGGUUACUUCUUGUCAAUUUGUAUUCUCUGAUUUCUUCCAAUUUUUGGCAAGAAUUAACCCCACAAAAGUUUUUAACAAAUUGACUUGGUACUAGCUUUUUAGUCGUUGUUGAAUAGUUUUCUAAGUACCCUGUUAAUUUGGAUUGUGAUUAGAUAAAUUGCCAUAUAUUUUUGCCUUCGAAAUAUACUGAUUACAAUCUACUACACGCUUCUACUUUUUUAUUAGACAUUCAGAGCUUAUUUUGAAUGGUAAUUUGCGUGCUUUUUUUCAAUCAUGGUGGAUUUUUUUUACUGGUAGUGCGAGUAAACGUAUUUUUUAUUAGCAAUACUUGCCUAAGUGUAAAGUUUAGGUGAUGUGUAUUUCAUAUAAGAACUAUAGUUUUCCAAAGAAUAUUUUUAUUGUAAUUUUACAUAAUUUAAAAACUAUUUAUUAUUUUCAAGAUUGUUUUUAGUAUAAAUAAUUGUUUUUAAAGUAAUUGUGUAGAAUAAUAUAUUGUAUAAAACGGUAGUAUUUAAAUGAUUGCCAAAUUAUGUCUUCUUUUAUAUUGUUUAAUUUUAUUUAAACAGAGAUUGUAAUUUUUAUACAUUAUAUAAAGUAGAAAUAAAUUAUAUUUGAACAA